AUGGCUGUGAGCGUCAUUUCCCAAGCAGUGCUGUUCCCUGACUGGGCCUACAAGCCGGCCUGGUCCCCUGGCUCCAGACAGGUUCAACUGUGGCACUUCCUGCUGGAGCUGCUGGGGCGGGGCGAGGGCGGGGCCAUCGGCUGGGGAGGGGAGUGGGGCGAGUUUGUCAUCCGGGACCCCGAGAGGUUGGCCAGGCUGUGGGGGGAGAGGAAGGGCAAACCUCACAUGAACUACGACAAGCUCAGCCGGGCGCUCAGAUACUACUACAACAAACGCAUCCUGCACAAGACCAAAGGGAAAAGAUUCACCUACAAGUUCAACUUCAGCAAACUCAUCCUGGUGAAUUAUCCAGGAUAUCCACUGCCGCCCAGCCACCAGCUGGUACAGAACGGUCCUCUUCCCUUCCCUCUGCUCCCCGCUGAGAGUGGCCUCCCUCUGUGUGGAGGAGCAGGGUCAGUGAUGGACAGAGCAGUGCAGCCUGUGCCUCACCCCUUCUUGCUCCCGUGCUGCCUCCCUAAGCCCAUCCCGACGCCCCGGGCUCUCCACGGCCCCUUCCCCUUCAUCUCUGCCCCUGCACGUCCGGGCGCCAGCCUGAGGGAGCUGAGGGAGUCGGGCCUCCCGUCUCUCGCCUCGGCCCUCCACGUCAGCUCUAACGGCUGGCCGCACAAGAGCCCCGCGGGGUGGGAUCUGAACCACAUCAGUCGAAGCCUGUUCGGCGGAGUGAAGCAGACUGAAAUUCAAGGAGAGGAGAGGAGAACGAGGAGUGAUGCACACAUGGGGGAAAGAGAGUGA